AUGAAAACUGGGGUCCACCAUCUGUGUCGGUAUCCCAAGUGCCUGCUUAGCUGUGGAGACGUAACAGGGGUCUUUUAUCGUGAAGGCUGUAGAGGCUUCUACUGUAGUGAUAAUAUCACUGUUUAUGUCUGGCCACCAUACAGUUUGCUGUGCAUCCGUUUAGUGGUUUGGGUGCACCCGGUGAGAGUCAUGGAGAUGACUGGGGACAUCAUUAUGCAGUCUUCUAACUCUUUCUGCUCACCAGUGAGGAGGACACUCAGGUUCUGGGCACUGUGGGAUAUCGACUGGAUUUGGACAGACAACGCAGGACGUUUAAGUAUUAGAGUUCAACCUGCAUCCAGGGGAUCGUCCGCCUCAACAUUGCCUGUUUGCCUUCACCUUCACAGCAUGCAUAACCGAUCAUGGGUAAGUCUCGUCGUGGAAACAACACUCCGCAGCGUGUUCCUGGGAUCCGCUGUUUUCUUUGUGGUUCCUCUUGCGCUGGUUUGGAGACUGACCUUCGGAGUGGUGGGCAGCGCGAUGGACUGGGUGUCUGCUGUCAGGAUACCUCGACCUGUGAAGUUCUUCAGAGAGAAACAGAGGGCUGCAGUUGCUGCUGCAAGUGCGUCUACAACACUUGCGCUCGAACUCCUUCCCUCUUGGAGCGAAGGAGCGGGAGGCAAGCGCCAGGGGAAGCCUCGCGAGAACCAACAGGCUUGUCAACCCCGCCGGCAGACUAGCAGUGUUGCUCCUGCUUCCAGUACAGGAACCCUUGUUGAGAGAGCUGCCUCCGGCCGCAGAACCCACAGGCAAUCGCGUGCUUUGGCGUUUCUUCACUCCUUUAUGAUAUCACACGGUGAACGCAGUGUAAAGCAAUCAUGA